ACAUUCCCAUACAUCUCUCUCUCUCUCUCUCUCUCUCUCUCUCUCUGAUUCCGUCAGUUCUUAUUCUGAUUGCUCUGUUGUUAUCUUUCUCUGAGUUGAUCGAAAAUGGCAGAGGAGACUACGGUCCUUCCUGAAACCGCCCCGACCAAGGUGGCUGAGGAUGUUGUAGUCGUUUCCGACGUCCCCGUCGCGGAGAAGCCUACAGCGCCGGAGAAACAAUUGCCGCCUUCGCCUCCGGAGAAGCCGGCUGCCGAGGAAGUGCUCGAGGUCGAGGUCGAGGUCGAGAAGAUCAAGGAUGAUAAGAUCAUCGAGUCGGCUUCUUUCAAGGAGGAAUCCAACGUGGUCGGUGAACUACCGGACCCGCAGAAGAAGGCGCUGGAGGAGCUCAAGCUGCUCGUUCAGGAAGCGCUUAACAAGCACGAGUUCACUGCUCUGCCGCCGUCUGCGGCUACUGCGGAAGAGCCGAAAUCCGAGGAUAAAAGUGAAGACGUAGGGGAGUCGGAUAUUCCACCUCCGCCGCCUCCGGCGACGAUGGAAGAACUACCUGCGAAGUCCGAGGCAGAAGAGGCGGCGGCGGCGGCACCGCCACCGGCUCAAAUCAAGGAAGAAGAGAAGGUUGCUUCUCCGCCGCCGCCGCCAGAGGCGGUGGUAAAACCCACUGAGUCCAAGGAGGAAGAGAAGGCGGCGGCGGCGGCGGAAGGUCCCGAGCCUGUAGUGGUGGUUGCCGAAGUGGUCGAGAAAGUCACCGCCGCCGUCGACGAGGACGGUGCCAAGACUGUCGAAGCAAUCGAGGAGACAAUUGUCCCCGUCUCUGCUCCCGAUGCUCCUGCUCCUGCUCCGGCUCCGGCUCCCGCUCAGGCUCCGGCUCCGGCCACGGAGGCUCCUCCGGAAGAGCCGGAAAAGGAACCGGCAGCUGCCGCCGGCUCUGCACCGCCGGCGCCGGAGGAGGUCUCCAUCUGGGGAAUUCCGCUGCUCGCGGACGAGAGAAGCGACGUCAUCCUCCUAAAAUUCCUCCGAGCCAGGGACUUCAAAGUGAAAGAAGCUUUUAUCAUGCUCAAGAACACGGUACGGUGGCGCAAAGACUUCGGAAUCGAGUCCCUUCUGGAAGAAAACCUCGGUAGCGAGCUUGAGAAGGUGGUUUUCAUGCACGGAGUAGAUAAAGAAGGCCACCCAGUUUGCUACAACGCUUACGGAGAGUUCCAGAACAAGGAAUUGUACCAAAACGCAUUUGCAGACAAAGAGAAGCGCCAGAAAUUCCUUCGAUGGAGAAUCCAAUUCCUGGAGAAAAGCAUCAGAAAACUCGACUUCACGCCCGAUCGUGGCAUAUGCACCUUCGUUCAGGUCAAUGAUCUCAAGAACUCGCCUGGACCCUCCAAGAGGGAGCUUCGUAUUGCCACCAACCAAGCCCUCCAAUUGCUUCAGGACAAUUACCCUGAGUUCCUCGCCAAACAGGUGUUUAUCAAUGUUCCCUGGUGGUACUUGGCCUUCUUUAGGAUGAUCAGUCCUUUCCUCACCCAAAGGACCAAGAGCAAGUUUGUUUUUGCUGGCCAUUCCAAAUCUGCUGAAACCCUCUUCAAAUACAUAGCACCUGAACAAGUACCUGUACAGUUUGGUGGGCUUAGCAGGGAGGGCGAGCAAGAAUUCACCGCUGCUGAUCCUGUCACCGAAGAGAUUAUCAAGCCUGCAAGCAAACAAACUGUCGAAUUCCCGGUUCCUGAGGCUUGCACUUUGAUUUGGGAGGCUAGAGUAGUUGGAUGGGAUGUGAAUUUUGGAGCUGAAUUUGUGCCCACUGCUGAGGGCGAAUACACUGUGAUUGUACAGAAGAACAGAAAAUUCCUACCAGCCGAUGAAACAGUGAUCUCUUAUAGCUUCAGGUCUAUGGGACCAGGUAAGCUGGUGUUGACAUUUAACAACCAAACAUCUAAGAAGAAGAAGCUCCUCUACAGGAUGAAGACCAAGUCCUCUGAUUGAGCUUGAAAUGGCUUUGGCUUUGCUGGGAUUUCAAUGCCAAUCACUUGGAAGCCAUCGAGUUGCAGAAUAAGAAGCCUUGUUUAAAAAGUUCAAUUACUCUUUAUGGGUUGAAAUUAGUUCCAGUUUUGAAAUUUUCAAGUUUGGAGGAUUUUAUAUAUGUAUGCAUAUAUUUGCUGGGGGAUUUUUUUUUGUUUUUUAUGUUCUAUUUUUGGGGGUGGUGGGAUCGGUUUGAUUGUAUUGAAUAUUAGUUAAAAACCAUUUUCUUGAGACAGAUAUAGAAUGGGUGAAAAUGUGUGCCAUUUUCUUGGACAUAUAACUUUCUUUCUUACAUUGUUUAAACCCUUUUAUAAGAUCUUGUAAUGACGUUGGAGCCUAUCAUUCUUCUUCUUCUUCUUC